UUGGACGAUCAGUUGGUCGACCAGUUGGACGAUCAGUUGGUCGAUCAGUUGGACGAUCAGUUGGUUGACCAGUUGGACGAUCAGUUGGUCUAUCAGUUGAUCGAUCAGUUGGUCGACCAGUUGGACGAUCAUUUGGUCGAUCAGUUGGUCGAUCAGUUGGACGAUCAGUUGGUCGAUCAGUUGGACGAUCAGUUGGUUGACCAGUUGGACGAUCAGUUGGUCGAUCAGUUGGACGAUCAGUUGGUUGACCAGUUGGACGAUCAGUUGGUCGAUCAGUUGGUCGACCAGUUGGACGAUCAGUUGGUCGAUCAGUUGGUCGAUCAGUUGGACGAUCAGUUGGUCGAUCAGUUGGUCGAUCAGUUGGUCGAUCGGUUGGACGAUCAGUUGGUCGAUCAGUUGGUCGACCAGUUGGACGAUCAGUUGGUCGACCAGUUGGACGAUCAGUUGGUCGAUCAGUUGGUCGAUCAGUUGGUUGAUCAGUUGGUAGAUCAGUUGGACGAUCAGUUGGUCGAUCAGUUGGUCGAUCAGUUGGCCGACCAGUUGGUCGAUCAGUUGGUCGAUCAGUUGGACGAUCAGUUGGUCGACCAGUUGGACGAUCAGUUGGUCGAUCAGUUGGACGAUCAGUUGCCCAACCAGUUGGUCGAUCAAUUGGUCGAUCAGUUGAUCGAUCAGUUGGUCGAUCAGUUGGACGAUCAGUUGCCCAACCAGUUGGUCGAUCAAUUGGUCGAUCAGUUGAUCGAUUGA